CUACUUAAAGUAGCUGGAGUGUGCGAAAAGAAAUCCUCUCAAUCUACCACACUUCCAGGCUCUCAUUACUAAUCACAAAUAACUACAAUGUAAACGAAUUUUGUACCAUUGUUUUUUUAUACGAAAGCAUACAGAACAAAAAGGUUGGUUUAUACGCAAUAAAUUUGGUUUACUUUUUAAAACCCCCGUACUGAAACCCCCAUAUUUUUAUUCUUAUUCUAAAUAUUUGUCAAAUAUUUUCUAAUCGGAAUAUUUUCCUAAUACAUUCGAUCAUUUUUGGUCCAAUCGAGCCGGAUUGGCAAAUCGAAAUUGUUUGACAAAUAUUUUCUUUUCAGCAACAUCUGAAAAUUAACCCCCGAAGAAAAGCAAAAACCUCAAUUAUUGUGUGUGACUUGAUCGUCGUCAUCAUCAGCAAAAAGCAUCAUUAUCAUCUACAAUCCCGUACAUACAAAAAACCCCAGCAAUGCCACCACAGCCUAGACGAAGCCUAUCGCCCUUGGAGGAAGAAAGGAACCACAUCUACCGAAGAACCAAUUCUCAGCGACAAUACUGCCGUCUAUGUCGCAAGGACCACACCCUUCGAAAAUGUCUCGCAUUUAAGAGAUUGAACGUGUCGGAAAAACUCAAAGUGGUAAAACGAUAUCGAUACUGUGAGAACUGUUUGGCUGACUCACAUCAAAUUUCAAGAUGUCGAAACACAGAUCGAUGUCGCCAAUGUGGAAGCCGGCAUCAUUCCUUGUUGCACCGUCAUGAACGCCUUCGCACACCGAGACCAAACAAACCUCUAAACGCGGGGAGUUCGCCAUAUUCCAGUUCACGCACCGUCACUUUCCUCCCAACAAUUAUCUUGAAAAUUUCGUUGGGAAACGAAUGGGCCAACGUUCGCGGUUUAUUAAACCCAUGUGCAGAGGUCAGUACAUUUGUGGAUUUUUUAGUCGAACGUUAUAGAAUUAUGGAGGAAAAAAUUGGAUCUGAUCGGUGGUGCACGAUUAAAAUACGCCCUCGUUUCGAAGAGAGUCCGAUCUUCAACGUAACUGCCAAGGUUGUUAAUGACCUACCACGAAAAAUGCCAAAGGAACAAGUCGAUGAAAGAGUGGCCGAAUUGUUUACAAAUUUACGUCUUGCCGACCUAAAAUUCCACAGAAGUACAGACAUUAACUUUGUGCUUGGCGCGGAUAUAUAUCCACGUUUGAUUAAACCCGGCAUUCACCCCGCAACAGUAGGUUCCCCAAUGGCCCAAGAUACCAUUCUUGGUUGGACGAUUAUUGGCAAACUGGGUGUCUAGAUUAUUCUCUCUUCCCAUAAAAACAAUCAUAAACAAAUGUAUUAAAGAAUUGUUAAUUAGUACUAUAAGAAGAAAUGAAAUUAUAUUGAAUUAUAUAGAAAUGGUUAUUGAAUAUUUUGUAAACAAAUGUCUUGUAAUUAGCUUUCUUUGUAUUAAUUUCUCUCAACUAAAUUAUUUCAAUUCCAUUAUUUUAAAAAUCGAAUUAUACACUCAUCACUUUGAAUUUACUUUCAUAAUUUGCAUUGUAUAAAGUUAUCUAGAACAUAUUAUAUGAAUUAUUCAACGAAUGAAUUACAAUCUCUGGUUUCCUUGUUGCUUAAUAGCAAGGGGGCCGGGAUGUUUGAGUUUAAGGCGAAAGUGUAUCUACUUAAAGUAGCUGGAGUGUGCGAAAAGAAAUCCUCUCAAUCUAUCACACUUCCAGGCUCUCAUUACUAAUCACAAAUAACUACAAUGUAAACGAAUUUUGUACCAUUGUUUUUUUAUACGAAAGCAUACAGAACAAAAAGGUUGGUUUAUACGCAAUAAAUUUGGUUUACUUUUUAAAACCCCCGUACUGAAA